AUUCUGUCAUGUUGUCGCAGCUGCAGUUCCGUCAGAAUUUGAGGUUAUGUUUACGUUUUGUAUAUGCGUGCGAUUUGCAAUCACGCAUAUUUAUUGAAAGAUUUUAACUAUUAAAUUUCAAUGUAAUUAAUAAAAAGUCCGAAAUGUCUGAAGAAGUUAAAAACGAGAAUAAGAAGGCGAUGACCGAAGAAGAAAGGUUGGCUUUGUGUCAGAAGCUGGACCAAGAGCUGGAUGAUUUCAUUAACAGCUUGGAGAGGAAGCGAUACACUGAAGGAUGGCCCGAAGAUCGGUGGGAGGAGGAAAUGAACAAACAUCCAUUCUUCAUGAAGGAUACGCCGGUAGAAGGCGAGCUGUCUCCACUAGCCGAGGGCCUGGCAAAGUUGAAGUAUGAUCCGGAUGAGAACACACCACUGGAAUUAGCCACCAAUUACAAGGAAGACGGCAACUUCAACUUUAAGCAUAAAAACUAUAGAUUGGCCAUUUUGGGAUACACAGAAGGUAUUAAAUUGAGAUGCAAUGAUGCAGAAAUCAAUGCUAGUCUAUACAAUAACAGAGCAGCGGCACAUUGGCAGUUAAAAAAUUACAGAUCUUCACUAUUUGAUAGUGAGAAAGCACUAUCUUUUAAUCCAAACCACACAAAAGCAAGAAUCAGGGCCGCUAAAUCAGCAUUAGAGGCAGCAAAAUUUGAUACUUGUAUAGAACACUGCAAAAUAUUACUUGAAUCAAACAAAAAUGACAAAGAAAUAACUGAACUUCUUAAUACUGCCAAGAAGAAGAAACUAAUCCAAAAGAGAGACCAGCGAAAGAAAGAGAAGCAAGAUGCCAAGAUGAGUGAACAAAAAGAGGGAGUAAUAAAAGCAAUAAUUGAAAGAGGAAUAAAAAUAUCAAAUUGUGAUGGUGAAGAUGAUAUUGAUCUUUCGAAAUUAGAACCAAGUUUGCCUGGCGCUCACGAUUCGAUAGUCCACAUAGAAGAUGGUAUAUUAAAGUGGCCAGUGUUAUUUUUGUAUCCAGAAUACCAAAUGACAGAUUUUGUUAAAGCUUGCCCAGAGAAUGUUCCAUUAUUGAAUCAGUUGGAGCAGUUAUUCCCAGCACCUUGGGAUGAAAAUAAUAAGUACAGUUGUGAUUGUGUGAAUGUGUACUUCGAAGGGUAUGACAAAAUGCCACAUGUGAUAAAUACUGCAAAUAAGUUGGGUGAUUUAUUGAAAUCUAAGUAUUUUGAGCUCAAAGCUGGAACGCCAGCGUUUUUUGUGUUACCUCGUGGCAGUAAUGUUGAGAGCAGGUUUUUGGAAAGUUAUAUCUAACAACUUAAGUACAAUCAGAUCUAUAUAAUAUGUUUUUGUAUUUAUAUGUAUAAUUGUUAAAUACAUUUUUUUAAAUGUU